AUGAAAAGUAUUUUGUUUGGAGAACCUCCGGCAAACCGCAUGUCAUUUGUCAUAUCUGAUUUAUUACCCACAGGAUCACAUUACAGGGGAAUUUCAAAUCCUGUAACAACAUCCAAGAUCACAUACUUUAAAAGGAAAUAUGUGGAAGAAGAGGAUUUUCAUCCGCCACUCAGCAGCUGUACACAUAAAACAAUCUCCGUGUUUGAGGAGCGGGCCCAUAUUCUUUACAUGUCUUUGGAAAAGCUGAAAUUCAUUGAUGAUCCUGAAGUCUACCUGCGGAGAUCUGUCCUCAUCAACAAUCUAAUGAAGAGAAUCCACGGAGAAAUCAUCAUGCAGAACAACUGGUGCUUCUCCGCCUGCUCCUUCAGUGGCACCUCGCCGCAAGAGUGGUUUGUGCCUCAGGACUGUCCGUACAGAAAACGCCUUCGGAUGGCAAAGGAGGAGUACGAGAAGCUCCACACGUGCUGCUUCUAUCAAGAAUGUGGCAGUCACUAUUUAAAUCUACCCUACUCUGUUAAUGCUAGUACAGAAAAUACUUCCUCUUCCUCCUCCUCCUCCUCCUCCUCCUCCUCCCCCUCCCCCCCCAUUUCUUUGCCAAGCUGUUCCCAGCAGGUGGAUUAUGACACUGGCAGUGCCUCUUCUUACAGGAGUGAUGACCAGAUACCUGCUAAUGAAAUAUUCAUCACUAAUGCCAGGUCUCACAGUAAUCAGGAAAAGGCAAAAUUUAAUGACGAGAAAGGAGGUAAUGAACCUGAGCGAGAGAGCGUCGCCCUAAACUGUGAACCUGUAAGAGGCACCCAUGCUCUCGAAUGUAAAGGCAAAUUUUAUGACUAUUUUGAGACUGGAUGUAAUGACAAGAGCAACAUAAGUGAAUCUUGGAAAAAAUCCUUAAGGAAAAAGGAAUCUUUACCAAGUAAUAAAAUGUGCUGCAGCAAAGGAAGUAAAAUAUGAGGCAUCUUUCUCACUCUGUUGAAGCAUGUGCAGCAUGUUCGUUUGUCUAUCAAAUUUUUAUUUUGAAUGGAUUUUUUAUAGUUUUCUACAAAUGAUACAAUCAUGCCACAAACAUUAUGUGUAGUUUUAAAUGACUGGAGAGCAGAUUGCAUAAAGCGUCUCUAUGAUCUGCAUCAGCGGGCUAUUUAUAAAUAUGGAGACUUCAUAAAGAACGCAGUUGCAUUACUGCUUAGCACUGUAGUCUGUACAGCUAUGGUGUAGCUUUCGUUACUGAAAAUACCAAUCAGCCAGAUGGGGAAAACAUAUCGUUUUAUACAUCCCCGCCCCCAAGAAGUCUGCCAUUAAUUAAGAAGACCCUCCAUUACGUUUACCAAGGAAUUAGAAGUCUGGUAAACAAAUCGAUGUUACCAGCAAGGGUGAUGUGCUCCUUGUAACUCAGUAUUUGUUCUGACGAAGGACUGCCUUCAUGGACUGGGAAUAAACCAUCCUUACAUUUUGUACUGA